GACGUUGUUAGCCGUUUGGACGUUAGCUUGCUACCGGUUAGUUUGCUAGCAUAACUGAUCCGGCUAACGGGGUAACUUAGUUAGCCGUUGAGAGAGUAUCCUCUGAUAUGGAGAGCUGCUUCCUUUCCAGUCUGACCGCAUCAGCUGCUCUGGGUGUAAACAGUCAGGUGCUAUAUUACGUUAGCAAGGGGAUACACAUGGGAACGCGAAUACAUUGUUAUAGUUGACUGUAGCCUGUUUAUUUUCUUUGUGAGCAUCUUACAAACCUAUAAACUGCCUCCACAUAUUUCAUUUAACAGUCCUAGUAUCUCAGGAAAGGUUCAUUUAUCAUGAAUCGCAUACAAUCUACAAUCUGCAUUUUCUCAUUUUGCUAUGUAAAGAAACCAACUGUGGAAAUACGAGAUGCAUCAUCUCGGGUUUAACUUUAAUUGUAUUGUAUAACACUUACUUUGUGUUGUAUGCUACUACUAGUUUAUUUAUUUAAUUUUAUUUACUUAUUAUUUGUCCUUGCGUCUCCCGAUCCUGUGACGGAUUUGUAUCUGUCUUUUGUUUUCUUCUUUUUGUUUGUGUGUGUGUGUGUACUGUGUGAACAAGUGUGUCACCUGUAGACAGAAUAAAACCAAAUCAAACCUCUAUAUACUCGCAUUCAUAAACAUCAAACUCUACCCAUUGCAGCUUUUUAACGUCACAGGUGAAAUUAUAUAUACUUUAGUUGAUAUUUGAUUAAUAUUUUUUUUGUAAUUUUUCAAGCAAAUUUAAAACAUUCCCUGCCUCUCCAAGUUGAGGAUUUUAUGCUUUCCUAAUAUUUAAUUGUAAACAGUCUUUGGACAGCAAUUUGAAUGCAUCUCAUUGGGUUAUAAGGGGUUCUUUUCACUAUAUUUUGACAUUUUAAAAUCCUCAUUCGAGAAAAUGAUUUGUAGUUGCCACCCUAUUUUGCAAGUUGUCCCACUACAUUUAGUAUUACUGCUUCCUCCUGACAACAGCAACAGUCAACAGCGAAAUAUUUUAUUAUUUUACGUCACUUAAUUUGAGCUGAAAGAAUCUUCCUCUCAUGAGAACUGUCUGAGGCCUCGCACCUCGUAACCUCUCAUCUAGUUUUGAAACUUGCUCGAAGUCUUUGAGACUCGAGUGAAUAUCUUGUUCCAGUGGGCUUGACCAUCUGCAUGGUCUCACCUCCUAGUGCAAACGUCACACCAGAAGAAGAGACGUCCCCCUCACCCCACCAGACCCUGGGCCGGCCGACUAUAGUGCCAUUAUAGUUCAAGCAAAGGCUAAUUGUUGGUCACUUACAAAGGAUUGCACAGUCCAAGCCUCUGGACGGUAAUGCAGUCUCUUUCUACUAAGAGAAGAUGGCACUGGUUGUGGUUGGUGCUCUCCUGUGCAUCUCUUGUUGGGUCUCUCUCUACUUUAUCCUGUGUAACCUAAACGGCUCCAGGAGCUGCGAGUGGAACUGUCGCCUCGUCACCCUGGUACACGGCAUCCUGGCCGUCUGCAUCACGGCGUACAUCGGCUAUGUGGAUGGACCCUGGCCCUUCACUUAUCCAGGUACUAAGAACACUCCUCUGCAGAUAAGUGCCAUGCUGGUGAGCCUGGGCUACUUUAUUUUUGAUAUGGCCUGGUGUGUGUACUUCCGCACAGAGGGACCCGUUAUGCUGGCCCACCACACCAUGAGCAUCCUGGGAAUCCUGUUGACCCUGUGGCUGGGGGAGUCUGGCAUUGAGUCGUGCGCGGUACUCUUUGGCAGUGAAAUCACCAACCCCCUCCUGCAGGCACGCUGGUUCCUCAAACAGACGGGACGUUACAGGACGCUGCUGGGGGACGUCGUGGACGUCCUGUUUGUGCUGCUGUUUGUGGUGAUGCGAGUCUUCGUGGGAGGCACAAUGCUGUACUGUGAGCUGAUCUCCCCAAGACCCAGAUUCUUUAUCAAGUGUGGGGGAGUGGCUAUGUACGCUCUAUCCUGGGUGUUUAUGGUGGACAUUGUUCGAUUUGCCAUUCGGAAGAGAAAGAGCUGGCAGAAGACAGACCAACAGGAGACAGUGGCAGCUAAUGGUCAUGAAGGGAAGAAGGACUGAUGGCUCGUGCUUAUCUAAAGAAAAUCUGUUUGUUUUUCACUCUGGACGCUCAAGGGAAAGUACAAAGAAAGUCAAGUUUUUGUAUGUUGAGCUGAUAAUAAAAAAAGGGUUAUUUCAAUGUCAGAGUUUUCUAUGUCGAGAAAUAUCGUGUGACAUCUGCCUGUAAGGUCCCACGCCGGUGCAUUUUUUUUAAACAACUCAUUUUUAUACAGCUAUUGCAGCUGAGCACACGUUUGAAUAUUGUGUACAAUGUGCAGUUAAAAAACAACACAGAUGUAGUUUGUCACUGAAAAGCCAAGCGCUUUCUACAAACACAUGAACAGAUGUUGCUUUCAUUUGCAGUGAACUGUGGCCUAGUCAUAUGUGGUGGUGGUGGUGGUGGUGCUCCCAAGGAAAGCUCAAUAUUAGGAAAGAGACCGCUUACAUGUACUGUCCUCCUUGUGAAACAUUUUCACUCAUUUCAAAAUGUUACGUUUGGUUACCUAAUGUCUUUUUUUUUUUUUCGCGCAUGGUAAACUCAGGGAGAUGAAGUUAUAUCAGAAUGUUGGGAUGGACUCCAGAGAAGGUGUGUGAUGUGUUUGAUUACUUUGUUUAAUCCAUGUCACAUAAUUCAAUAAUUCAAGAUAAUUCAAUACAAUCUAUUGUGAGCUGUCUGUACAUUCUCCUGAUCUUGUGUCUGACUUCUUCGGUUACAUUUAUUUUGUCCAGCACCUUAAAAUGUUUUUUGUUUUUUUUGAAGUGCAUGCUCUACACUCUGUUUGUCUUAAUCUUUGAGACAAACAUACGCUACAGUCAGGACCAACCAGGUUGCCUCUGAAUUGGGACAAGUUGAAAAUCUGUGCAAUCAUGCAUUCAUCUUAUGUUUUUAGCCCCUAAAAUGUCAGAUAUGAAUUAUCUACUGUCAGUAAAAUCAUAUUGAGAUGACACUCAUUCCAAACAUACUAACUAAUUAAUAUUUGGAUUUACGUGUGUGAAGAGUUUUGUCUUUAAUGUGUGAUUUUGCCGCCAUUCGCCACAAUGUGAUAUUAAUCAUCAGAAAAAUGUUCAUACUCAAUAGUGUGAUAUUGAUAUAUAUAAUAUUGUGAUAUUGAUUUCCACUAUAUUGUCCAGACAGAACACACAAGUGCAUUUUUGGGAUGAAAGCAGGUGGAUUGAGAAUAUUACGAUUCAGGCCGCUCCAUUUCUAAAUUUGCUCCAUCGCCAAGAAAUUUACCAAACUACCAGGUUUUAACUUUGUGCUCAGACUUUAUAUUGUGUUCCUAUUUUUAUGACCAUAUCCUGUUCGUGAUCAUAAUAUGAUUGGAUAUCUAGAGUAACGUAUUAAAUCGCCUGCCAUCCCUUUGUUCUCCUAUAUUUAUAUUUGAUUUGUAGCUCAUACGAGGUCUCUUUAUCUAGUUGCCACUGUUAAGAAUCUUCUGAGCAGCACCGUUAUAUCCAAGAAAGCAAAAAAUCUAACUGGUGUGUGCCUUAGUUAUCUGAAUGUACUUUCAUUAUGUUUUGGUUGGUUUUUGUCUUGUGCUGUACUGUAAUAAUGAACCAUUUUCAGUUUGGGAUUUCAUAAUUUGCCUUUGUAAUCCCUGAGUGAAGUCAAAUAAAGACGUGAUCGAUUGUU